UGAUUCUGAAAUUCAAAAUAUUAAAGAAAAAAAGAAAAAACGUGUAGAUCAUACAUGGUUCAGAGAGAACGAAAACACAAAUUUUCGAAGACUGAUAAUGUGUCUUGAUGACGAAGGACAAAUAACUGAAUAUAUUCAAAUCAAGUUGAGCGAUAAGCAAAAUGCUCUUCUUGACAAAGAACAUCAAGAAUUUCUUAAGCAACAUAAAUUUGUUCUCGAUAAGACCAACAUCGUUGAAGAAACCUCCAAAGAAUAUUUACUCGAAUUACUUUAUGAAGUUAAAUUAGCAAAUAUCAAGUUUAAGAAUGGUUAUUCAUUUGAUUUGCGCAAAUAUAAUAUUGAAAUUUCUUAA